AUGAACACAAAGCUCCUAAGGAAGUACAGGAACUUCAUUGGGGACAACGAGUUUUUCAGGGCAUUUAUACCGAACUAUGGGGAGGUUGUGGAGGGAGAUGAAGAGCCUGUUGAGCCAUAUACAUUUAUUAGUAGCCCUAGGUUUGUUCUGUACGAGCUCAGAGACUACCAGAUUGAGGGGCUGAACUGGCUGAUCAACAUGCACGAGAACUCCAUCAAUUGUAUACUAGCAGACGAGAUGGGGCUUGGGAAGACGCUGCAGACGAUUGCGUUUCUUGGAUAUAUCCGAUACGUGAAGAAGGAACGGAAGAGACAUCUAAUUAUACUUCCAAAGUCUACGCUUGCGAACUGGAGAAGAGAGUUUAGAAAGUUCAUGCCGAAUUACAAGGUUCGGGUAUUCUACUCCUCUCGGAAGGAGAUGAGGAGGGAGGCGGAGGAGAUAAUGUCUUCGAGGUGGGAUGCAUGCUUGACAACGUAUGAGAUGUGCAUUAAUGCAAGGAGCAUCCUAAAUACAGUCAAGUGGUCGUACAUAGUUAUUGACGAAGCACAUAGAAUAAAGAAUGAGCAUAGCCUUCUCAGCAAGAUAGUGAGGAUUUUCUCCUGCGACCACCGGCUUCUCAUUACAGGAACACCUCUUCAGAACAAUGUUCAUGAGCUGUGGGCUCUGCUAAACUUUAUAGUUCCCGAGAUUUUCAAUGAUGCUGAGAAGUUUGAGAGCUACGUGAUGAAUAUUGAUGAGGGGGAUGGAGAGGCGAUUAGAAGGAUCAGAAGCGUCCUGCAGCUCUUUUUCCUGCGAAGAGAAAAGAUCGAUGUCGAGAUGAGUCUACCCCCGAAGAAGAUUGUGAAUUUGUACUCGAAGCUGAGUCCUAUGCAACGCGAGUGGUAUAGGAUGCUUCUGAAAAGGGAUCUGUCGCCCCUUGGAAGUACGAGAGAUCCAAAGGGGAUGCUGAUGAAUGUUGUGAUGCAGUUAAGGAAGUGCUGCAACCACCCGUAUCUGUUUCCGGAUGCAGAGCCUAAGCCUUACACCAAUGACAAGCAUAUAAUCGAGAAUUCUGGGAAGAUGAUAGUUCUUGACAAGCUGCUGGCAAGCCUCAAGGCCAAGGGAUCAAGGGUUCUUAUCUUCAGCCAGAUGUCAAUGAUGCUGGACAUACUUGAAGACUAUGCGAUGUUCAGGGAGUAUGAGUACUGCAGGAUCGAUGGGUCUACGUCUUAUAGAGACAGGACAGAGGCGAUUGACGGAUUCAAUGCAGAGGGGAGCGAGAAGUUUCUAUUUCUUCUGACGACGAGGGCUGGAGGGCUUGGGAUAAAUCUGUCGACGGCGGACACGGUGAUUUUGUUUGACUCAGACUGGAAUCCGCAGAUGGAUCUCCAGGCACAGGACAGGGCGCACCGGAUAGGACAGAAGAAGCAGGUUGUGGUGUUCCGGCUGAUCAGUGAGAACACUGUUGAGGAGAGGAUUGUUUACAGAUCUCUGCAGAAGCUCAAGCUGGACGACAUUCUGCUGCAGGGAAGGUAUCAUCGAAGCUCGAGUGUCAGCCAGUCUGAGCUUAUUGACAUUCUGGCGAACGGAAUGGAGAUUACGGAGGAUGAGGGAAAGGACGAGAGCAUCGAAGACGUGAUUAGAAGAGGAGAGGAGAAGACUCGGGAGAUGAAUGUGAAGCUGUGCGACUUCAAGAUCACCGACACGCUGAAUACGAACAUUGACUGCUACACCUGGGAGGGCGAGGACUACAAUGUCAAGAAGAUUGAGAGCUUCAUUGAGAACAGCCGAGAUGGCCAUGGAAGAUCCUCACGGACAAGCAUUCUGUUCCGGGCGAGGCCCCGGAUAAUCGAGUAUCCCGAGUACCAGUUCUAUCCUAAGGAGCUUCAGGAGAUACAGAGGAAGGAGGUUAAGCUUUAUGAGGAGGGAAAGAGCCUUUCACAGGACGAAGUGCUCAGGAAGAAGGAGCUUCAAUCCCAGGGCUUUGACUGGACAAAGAAGGAUUUCCAUCUGUAUAUAAAGGCUGUGGAAAAGGUUGGAAGAGACGAUGUGGAGAAGAUAGCGAUGCUGCUGAAGCACAAGGAUGAUGUGGAGGCAUACCACAGGGUCUUUUGGGAAAGGGUGAAUGAGCUGAGUGAUGCAGAGAAAAUAAUAGGCUCUAUAAAUAGAAGUCAGAGGAGAAUGGAGAGGAAGUCCAGGAUUAGAGAGAUGAUAGAGGGAGAUCUUGCUGACAUCAACAGAAGACUAGGCAAGUCGCGAUCGAAGCUUGGAGACUACAAUGGCCUCUUACUCGGUCUCUAUAGAAAGUAUCUCGACCAUCCGAACUGGGCAGAAUGUAUCCGCAAGGAUAUCCUAAGGCUGUCAGAGUACAAAUUCGACUAUUAUCUUCUAUCGAGAACAAACACCGACAUCCAGAAGCAUGUUAACCAUCUUAUCUUCACUCUGGCCAAGUCCUGUUCGAAGAUUAAGGAUACGAAGGCAGUCGAGGCAUAG